CGGCUGCAGGAAUCACCCUGGAUGCAGAAGAACGAAGAAGCCUACAAUAUCUUAUUUCAUGAGGGGCUGACCUGGGAGCGGGGCCGGGGUCUGAAGGGCCGGGUUGGGGUCCGAAGGGCCGGUUUGGGGUCCGAAGGGCCGGUUUGGAGUCCGAAUGGCCGGGCUGAGCUCCUCCGGCUGUCCCGGGAGGAUCCUCCGCGGGCGCUGCGCUGCCGCCGGCUCCCGGCCGGGGGAAGCCUUUAGCGGUGACACCGCCGCUGCCCCGCUGUUGACGGUUGCCGUGGUAACAGUGCCGCAGCCCGGCCGGGAACGCGGCGCGCAGCGGAACGUUCCGCAGCGGGGCGGGGCCCGAGCGCAGCGGGGCGGAGCGGCCGCGGCCCCCGCGAUCCUCCCGCGGUGCUGCCGAGCCAUGGACGGCUUCGUGAACUUCACCAACCGCAGCCAGGGCCGCGACCAGCUCUUCCGAGCCACUCAGUACACAUGCAUGUUGCUUAGCUAUUUAAUAGAGAAUAAGGCCGAUAAAAAGAAGCUGGUAAUGAAACUCAAGCAGUUGGAAUCUAGCAUGAGCUCUGGCCGGAAAAUGCUCAGACUGGGCAACAUGGUGCACGCCUUGGUGGCAGCCAGGAGAACUGCAGAGCUGCCAGAGGUGGUUCCUCGYUUCUGCCUCACUGCCUCCCACCUCAGCCGGGCCCUGUACUUCGUGUGUGAYGCCGUGCUCUGGCUGAGGAGCGUCGGCCUCCAGCCGGACAUCGACAAACCCAAGUGGCASAAUUGGGCUACCAAGUGCUACUAUUACUCACUGCUGAUUAAUCUGGCCAGGGACUGGUAUGAGAUCUUCUGGAGGCUGGAACAAGCUGCGCUGGAGGAAAAGACGAGGGAGAAUUGCUUCUGGCAGAAACACGAUGAGGAGCUAAAUGGUGGGAAAAGUGAUGGUUUGCAGGGUUUUCUCCUCCAGCUCUUUCAGGUGCUAAAAAGGAAUCCUCCUUUGCUGCUGGACUUGGUGAARAACCUCUGUGAUCUCUCAGGCCCUUUGGAUGCCCUGGGAAUCUACAAGACCAACCCAGGAGUGAUUGGCUUCUGUGGAAUCCUCUCCUCCCUGGUGGGGAUCCUCACAUUAGCAAGCCCACAUCUGAAGCUGAAACAAUGACAUUAAAGGAGCUGCAUAGUAUGAAGCUGCAGCUUUGAUCCUCUGAUAGAUUUUUAUCUUCACAUGGCACUUUCGAAUGAACACGUCUUAUAAUAACCUCAAGAUUAAUUUUGUCCUCUGAAUAAGUGAAUUCUGCCCUUUUUCCCUCCUUGUGCCUUAGCAGAUGAGUUUGGCUCCAUGAUACWCUCCCUGAUGGAGUGGAGAUAGGAAAAGGCAGGGUAAUAUUUCACAAACAGAAAGAGGACUUGGAACUUGGCUGCUAGRUAAGAAAAUAUUCCUUUAUUUUAAUACAGGGUUGUGAAAUAUCUUCAUAGGCAACUGUAAUAGGUAUAUGACUCAUGCCUAAUCGUGUUUACACUGGAAAGCUUCACUUCACUAAUCCAAGGUCCCUACAAUCAGAUUGUCUGUAGUGGGCUAAGGCAGGUUAGGAGCUGAACUUAGAAUGGCCUGGAGUCAGGGAUGAGUGUUCUGCUGGGUUUGGGUUAUGGAUCCUGUGUCCUGCAGGCACUCUCUGAGUGCAGUGUGAUGGCAYCUGGAUCUCCUGGAUCUCUGUGGUGUGCACUGGUGAUGCUGGAGCUGUAGUCUAGUGAGUGCCAACUCCUGUCCCAAGAAAUCUGCACUUUCUUCAUUUCCUUUGAUACUGUGAGCCAAGGACCAUUGGCCAGUGACUUUGACUGCUCCAGCAGGCCACAGCUGUGGGCUUUGAUACAGGACAGCMCAUUAAUUUCCCAAACCCCUGUAACUGCAAGCACAACAAUUUUCCAUUAAUCAUCUUUGUGAUAAGGAGCUUGUUUUGCUCUUUUAAUUUAACAUGAAAAGUUCCAGUAUAAUGAGGAGCUUGGAACCUGCAGUUAAGGARAGAAGCCUGGCUCAGAGCUUGUUGAGUCACAAAAACUGCAAGGAUGUGUUUCUGGUUGUGUGAGCUCCAGGAGGGACAAGAAUGGCAUUGGUCAUGAUAAUAUCAGAAUCCCCUGUGAGAAGAAAAGCUUCUUACUGGAUUUGGGCAUUCCUGGUUUAGAUUUUCCUAUCUGGUGCUCCCUGUCCUCCCUGCUCAUGACCACAAGAUUGCUUGUGUCAUCCCUCACUGGCUGAAUGGGCUCAACCAUUUGAAAAUGCCUCAUGUUUGCCCUGCAAAUGCGUUAYUGUUCAUCACUGACCUCACUGGCAGCGAUGCCUGGCAGUGUGACUGGGUUGAAAGAGAAAUGCUGUGUCCAGCUGUCUAGCAUGGCAUGCAGUUUUUGCUGYUCCUGACUUUGCAGAGUACCAGUUUGACACCAUCUGAGAAAAAAUUGCAAGUUAUAUAGGAGAUAAAUUUAAUGUAUUUCUUCAUCAGAGUUAGGCCUGUGUGUUCUGCUGCUUCCUGGUGUAAGAACUCCUUGUUUAAUCUGCCAGGAGAUGUGAACAGACUACUCUAACCUGACUACUCUCUUAUUAUUUUUKAUGCUAUCUAAAAACAGAAAUUAAAAGGUGCGGGUCUCCUUUAUUAAAAGGCAAAGGAUAUGGAAUUAAAUAGGCAGGUGGGGCAGUGCUCCAGUUUACCUGAAAUUAUUCUGGUUGGGCUUAGAAUUACUUCCAGUUUGAAUAUGAACUGUUAGCCUGCCAAUAAAAUGUUUGAAAAGAAAGAGGUUGCUCGGCAGGAUAAUUAAGUGUGUUUGAAGACCAGAUGUGGCCUUCAGCAGCUCUUMUUUUUAAUAUGGAAAUGAAUAGCAUUAAAAGUAGAGCACACUGUCAGUUCAGGGCAACAUGGAGCAUUGUGCAUGGGAUWUGUUAUAUCCAAGGCUGCUUCUCCUUUAUAACAAUGGAUUUUUUUUUUAAUUCUCCUUUUGUCUUUCAUCUCCUGGCAAUGUGGAACCCAUCCCUCCCUUGGUCAGAUUUGAUCAUUAUCCCAGUGUGUUGCUACCCCUUGAAGGAAGCAAGAGGAGUCUUGAUCUGACAGGGAASGUUUGACCACCUUUUGCCUACAGAAUUCCAUCUUAUUGCAAAAAAAACUGUUUUCAGUCCCCCUCAGGGGAGCUCAMAGAUGCAAAAUACUUUGCAAAAUACUUUCACUGGUUAGCAAACUGCU